UAAAUAGAUAGAAGCCCAAAUCCAAAGCAAGGGUACUUCAUAGGUACCUUUGGAACAUCUCGUUUUCCACUAAAAGAAAUGGCCUAUUAUUACCAUUCUCCUCCACCACCACCAUCAUCUCCGCCUCCUCGUCCACCGUAUCCAGUGCCUCCACCGACCCCGACGACAGUUCCGGUGUCACCUCCACAUGCAACAUCACAUCAUUGUGCUCCGCCUACAACUCCAACCACUCCUCCAAGUAAGGCAACACCACCGUCUAUACCUUCACAUCCACCAAGCCCUGGUAAAGCUCCAACGCCACCAACAGCUGCUGCACCAGCGGUUAUACCCUCCAAGGGAUCACCACCUCACUCCUCAUCCCCACCAACAAAACCACCAAAAUCUUCAUCACCUCCACACUUUCCUCCACCACCAAAAUCACCACCAGGUAAAGUACCACCGCCAGCUGCUGCACCAUGACCAUACAGUAGCAAAACGCCAUCAGCAGGGGCAAAACCACCAAAAUCUUCGUCGUCACCUUCAUACUCGCCACAACCAAAAUCACCACCAGGUAAAGUACCACCGCCAGCUACUGCACCGGGACCAUACAUUAGUAAAACACCACGAGGAGCAGCAAAACCACCAAAAUCUUCAUCACCUUCAUACUCACCACAACCAAAACUAUCACCUGGUAGCUUGCCUCUUGCACCAACACCAUCUUUCAGUUCUCUGUCACCAUCGUCAGAAUCAGAGGUGACAGUGCCGCCAUCACUACCAGGAGGAGGAGGAGGUGGCAACCACACAACUAUUAUCGCCGUUUGUGUAUCCCUCGGUGGUGCAUUUUUCCUUGCAUUCCUUCUGGUUGGAUUCAUUUGCCUAGCCAAAAGGAAAAAGAAGCCAGUCAUGGUUCCUGAAGAAGCAGCAGCAGCAGCUAGCUCUUCCGAUGAAGAAAGUGACGGAACCAGCGCCUCAUCCCCAACAACCCCACAUGCAGCAGAACAAACUGUGGCAGUACCAAUGCAUCAGCAGGGCUCUAAUAUUCAAGCUGUAGGUGCUGGCGGCUCUCAUUGUGAACCAGGGCUCAGUGUGGAUGGUUCGUCUCAUAACAGAGAUUGCUAAAUUUUUUGUUUCCAAAUUGUAACUAUUAAAUUGUUUCUUGCAUGUCGUGGCCCUAUCUGAUUCUGUUCUUGUCCCAGUUUAUUAUAAUGUUUCAUGGUUGUGUAUUUGAUUAAUUAAUUGUUUGAAACGUGCUCGUAGACCUAAUGCUAGAGAGCACCUUGGUACAUGAGAGAAGACAAAUAUAUACUGCGAAGCUUCCAUGUCA